CCUCCAAUGGCUCACGGAGCAGAAUCCUUCCACUUCCUGAAACUCCUGUAUUGUGAAUAUCUGCAGGAAGAGCUUCAACGACUGUGGCUUAUCUCAGGUUUCCAGAAUGACGAAGGAAAAGACGAAAUUGAAGGAAUUUAUAGAGGCAAUAAGUAUUCUGCAAUGGGUGCUAUCCUUUCUCUUCAUGGGAGUGGCUUGUAUUAUCUUGAUGGUGUAUCUGAUGUUUACCUCUUUGUGGCCGCUGUCCGCUCUGUCCUUUGCUUGGCUGGUGGUGGACUGGCAAAGCCCUGAAAGAGGGGGCAGGAGAACAACAUUUGUGAGGAAGUGGAGGGUCUGGGAGCACUACAGAGAUUUUUUUCCUAUUAAAUUAGUGAAGACAGCAGAGCUGAAUCCAAACAAAAACUACGUCUUAGGCUGUCAUCCACAUGGUAUCAUGAGCGCUGGAGCCUUUGCCUGCUUCAGUACAGACAGCUGUGGCUUCACAGAAGCAUUUCCUGGGGUGCGACCAACUCUGGCGAUACUGGCCGGGCUUUUCAGGAUUCCACUCUUUAGGGAGUACUUAAUGUGUGCAGGCCUUUCUCCAGUCAGCAAACCAAGCCUUAUCCACCAUCUUUCAAAAAGGGGCAAAGGCAAUGCAGUAGUGAUUAUCAUAGGGGGCGCUGCUGAGUCUCUGGCAUCCUCUCCCGGAGUCAACACAGUGGUUGUGAAGCAAAGAAAGGGAUUCGUCAGGGUGGCCCUUGAGUUUGGGGCUGAUCUGGUGCCCGUUUAUUCAUUUGGAGAGAAUGAACUCUUUCAGCAGGUAGUUUUCUCAGAGGGCAGUCUAGGUCGCAGCUUACAGGACUUAUUUAAAAAGAUCAUGGGUUUUGCCCCAUGUCUGUUUGUUGGUGAGCGCUUCGCUUUCCUGCCCUACAGGACUCCAGUCACAACAGUUGUGGGAAGUCCAAUCUCGGUGCCCAAACGUGCUACGCCGACUGACGAGGAGGUUGACCACUACCACAAACUUUACAUGGAGGGACUAUCUAAGCUGUUCCAUGAGCACAAAGUCAGCUGUGGACUAUCGGAAGGUCAUGAGCUUCGGAUCAUAUAAACACUUCAGUUUCACAUGGACUGCACUGCUGUUUUAUUUUUACUUUAAUGUGGCUUUGUGGAAGUGUGACUUGCAGUAUGGAUCUGAUGUGAUGGACGUUAUCUCCUAUAAUAAUAUAUUGAUGUCAUAGAUUUCUAUGUCCUUACUGUAAAUCCUGACUAUUUGAAAAUAUACAACAUUAAUAUAUGCUGAAAACAAUAAUUAUGACAUGAGGGGCCCUUGAGUAGGAGUGCUAUAUUUGUGUGGAUGUAUUGGUACACUUUACAUGGCAUGUAAUGAUGUUCACAACACACUUAAACAUUUGCACAAUUCUAUUUGUUGACAGAGGCUUUAGAUACUUGGAAUGAAAGACCAUGUAUUUCAAAAAAUAAAUUAUGUCAAAAUGCA